UGUGUAUAAUAAAUUAGCAUAUACAAUGGAAAAUUGCAAUGAACUAGAGGAACCCGUUGUUCAGUCAUCAUCGGGAAAGACAAAAACGCAGUGAACCAAAGCAAGCUGCGCGUUACUUAGCUAAACAGGCCCGAUAUAGCGGCGAUGGAAAGAUUUCACGUGUAUCAUGUACACACACCAAGGCCGGUUUCUGUACUGCUACUGCUCUGAAUGAAAAUGACUUGGCUUUCAUAAAAAAACAUGUGUAUGCCACCACAAACAAAGUCAAACAGGAUGCUGCUCUUCUUACACACAUGACUGUGACUCAAUGCAAGUGUCGGCGUCCAUGGGUAGAUGAUGAAGAAAAACAGAGAAGUAGGGGUAGUAGUGUGAAAUGCAGUGUACUGAAAGAAGAUAAAAGUGAAGUCCCAGUUUGUCAGCCAACAUUCUUGAGCAUUUUUGGUAUCAAGAAAGACCGUGUCCAGAAUAUUGCUAAGUACUGGUUACAAACUGGGCAAGCUCGACCUGAAAAUCGUGGUGGCGCUCGUAACAGAGAAAAACAUAACCUAAAAAAGGAGAGGAUUCGCACUCAUAUUUCGACCUUUACAUGCCGGGCUAGUCAUUAUGCUCACUGCGGAGCACCAGGACGAAAAUACCUACCUAGCGAUCUAAGUGUAGCUAAAAUGCACAAGAUGUUCAUUGAUCAAAACCACAAACAAGUUUCAUACGCCCUCUAUUGGAGCAUGUUUGUUUAUGACUUCAACCUUGCAUUUGGCCAUCCAGCUAAAGAUAUUUGUUCCACCUGUGUUAAGUUCCGAAUGCAGAUUAAGAACCCAGAAUUGUCUGAAGAGGAAAAGCGGGAACAGAUCACCCUUUUCAUGUUUCAUCGACGCCGAGCCCGUUCUUUUUAUAACAUUAUGAAUGAUGUGGGCAACAGUUUGACGAUGUACUUUGAUAUUAUGGAAAACUUGGUUCUGCCAAAAUCGCUGAUUGGACAGACUUACUAUUCCCGCCAGUUAUACCUUUACGUAUUCGGUGUUGUCCGACACCAUGGGAGAGGCGAGGCUCAGGGAACAGAGGAUAUUGAUCUUUUUGUUUGGAUGGAGCACCAGAACAAUCUCCCACCACUUCCUGAGGCCACCCAUGCCUUAUUUUCUCACAACUGACAACUGUUAUUAUGCCGUUCUGAAGUUCUUUCAUAAUUUCUAGCGUUUUUAUAUUGUCCACUGGUCCAUAAUACCAAUGUCUUACCAAAAAUAAGACCAUGGACUUGAUGGGUUUUGCCAAAAAAUGUUGUUAAAAUCAAUUAAAAAAACCUGUUUUCAUUAAACUUAAAUUUGUGGAAAUUUGACAUGU